UGAUUGUUCUCAGUUGCGAUAGUAACCCGCCGUAUAAAUGCAUCCUUGCGCGCUUUCGUUACAGCCCAGCGACUUUCGUUGCGUCGUUUGCGCUGACAGGUGCGCAAGGCCGUGGGUGUCCGUUCCGAGUCGCUUGUUCCGGAGAUUGGCGAGGAAUUAGCCGAAGUAUAACCUCGCGCGCCUUCCCAACCCCGUGAGGCCGGCCGCUGCGUUCAGCGGCACCGUUAGUUGGGUGCGUGCUAGGGAGGUCCCUGGCGUGACUUGCGCCCCCCAGAGCGCUGCCGUUGCCUUACGGUCCGAGAGAUAACGGAGACACAGCUACGUCGGUCACAGCUUAUCGCGGCAGUCGACGGUCCGUCGUCGCUGUUUCCUGUGGUGUUUCGUGUGGUGUUGCGAGAGGCCGGCGAGAGACGGCGACGAAUGCGUGCUGUGUGGCCCGCGCACCACCCCCGGGCGCCGCGCGCGCCGACUGCUUCUGUGCCGCCACUCCGUGCCGCUUGCGGAGCCCGAGAUUUUUCGACGCAAAGGUGAGGCGUGCUGGCUGUUCUGCAGCCGCGCCCUGUGCCGGCAAAUGGGGUGGGUGACUUGGCGCAUGCGGAGGGUGCGACCCCUCCGGUUCCUGGCAGUCGCCUGCCUGGCCACCGUUGUGUGGCUGCAGGCGCGCCUCACCUUGCUGGGCCAAGUUUCCAUCGAGGUUGGUUCGCCGGGCUCCUCCGCUACCGCCCAGCCCAACCUCACAUGGACACUCUUCAACAGCACGCGCGAGCUUGAGAUCCUGCGCGAGUAUGUCGCGCAGCUCAACCAGGCGCAGACGGUCCACAACCUGGAGCUGUUUGGCCCGCUGCAGCCAGGCGACCCCGUGAUAGUGAUCCAGGUCCACAACAGGUGGCACUACCUUGUCGCCCUGAUGGACUCGCUUCGCACUGCACGUGACAUCAAUCGCACCCUACUAAUCUUCAGUCACGACGAGUACAGCCCCGUUGUCGAGAGCCUGCCAUACAAGGUUGACUUCUGCAAGAUGAUGCAGAUCUUCCUGCCCCAUGCCAUCCAGCUGUACCCAAACCAAUUUCCCGGUCAAGACCCCAACGACUGCCCACGAAACAUCAAGAAAGACGACGCACUCAAGCUGGGAUGCAACAACGCCAAGCACCCAGACAGUUUUGGCCACUACCGAGAAGCCAAGUUUUCCCAGACAAAGCAUCACUGGUGGUGGAAGAUGAACCGUGUCAUGGAUGGCCUGAACAUCACAAAAGAUCAUGCCGGACCGUUCAUUCUUUUGGAGGAAGACCACUAUGCCGCACCUGAUUUCCUGCAUGUACUGAGACUCAUGGAGGCCGAACGACGAUCCAGUCAUAAACAGUGUACCAUGUUGGUCCUGGGAAGCUAUACAAAAUCUUUCAACUAUCAUAUUACAGGAAACCAGGCUGAGCUUCUCAAGUGGUCUUCCAGCAAGCACAACAUGGGAAUGGUCCUCUACAGAGACCUUUGGGUCACCAUCCGCAACAACUGUUCAAAUAUGUUCUGCCACUUUGAUGACUACAAUUGGGACUGGUCACUGUAUCGGGUCAGCAUGAUGUGCCUCUCAGCGCCAAUCCAGGCCAUGGUGGUCAAGUCGACCCGCAUCUUUCAUACCGGCGAGUGUGGAGUGCAUCAUCGGAGUAAGAACUGCUCGAGUCAGAAGAUGGUGCAACAGGCGAGGAAUGUGAUUGGCUCCGCCCGCUCAUACCUGUUUCCCAAGAGCCUUCAGGUCAAGCAUGGCAUACAGCGCAACCUGAAACCGCCGAAGGGUAACGGGGGCUGGGGCGACGUCCGAGACCACCAGCUCUGUCUUAGAAGCAGCUCUGUCUCCACUGUGCACAGGUAGCACCCGGCAAAUGCAUUGCGGGUCUCCUCCUCUGGUCAUCUCUCUUCCGGUACGGAAGUCUUUUUUCCAGCUCACCUCGCUCCGAGGCCACCAGGUGGCGCCACACCUCGGGGUGGAAAGAGGUGGCUUGGCCGUGAGGCAGUGCUUUCCUUGUUCAUCUAGUGAUUUUUAUGAAAAGUGUGGCACGUCUAGUACCUGUACGCGAGGUCCAUCUCUCGAAUUUGCCUUUUGCGGCUGAGCUGUGGUUCUCUGUGUGGUUGGGCUGCUGUAGGGGUUGACGUCGGUGCAGGUCUGCAAAUGUUUCAAGACUGCAUUCAUGUGAUAGCAACUUUCCUUUUGUUUCCUCUGUGCUCAUUAUUAUUAAUGCUUCUCAGUUUAAAAAAACUCUGAUACAUGCAGCUGGCUUAAUCGCACUUGAAAAGCACAAUUCAAGACACCUCAAUUGCAUAAGGGAAUAUUUAUUUUUUUAAAGACGUAACUGAAUGUACUUGUCUGACUGGAUUAUCUAUUCUCGUGCGAUUGGCUUGGACUGAGAAAUAAUUCGCAUGCACUUUACACGACUUCCAUCAUUUCAUGACACUCGAGAGGGGCAACUUCUUGGAUAAAAAAAAAAGAGAAGUGCUUGCGAUAGCAAGGGCCACUUUCAGAGUUAACAGGUAACCUAAGAAGGCUUGCCAAAAUAUCCAAACAUCAAAAAAGAACCAGCUGUUUGUUCAAAUUCUGUACUUCAUUGCAGAACCAGACAAAUGUGGUGCGUUGUUGCUUGAAAAUUAAAAGCACUUCUGCAGCGAACUUGCGACCUUACAGCAGGUUCUUACUGGACGGUGGCAACAGUGUGUGGCCCUGCACAGAGACUUGAAUGGAUACUGUGUAGCUGAAAAGUGAAAGUUCUAUGCAUUGAAAGCAGGUGACAUUCACAGUUUGCUGAGCCCCAAACUGCACUGCUUUGAACUCGAGUACAGCUGGCACAGGCAAAUCGAGGGGAUCUUUCAUAUACCUGCUGUCCCAACUGAAGGUUUCCAGGAGUAAAAAAAAAAAUAAUGGGAGGAUGCUACACAAAUGGAAUGGGCUAUAUGCUGCUACCAGCUGUCUUCCCUGUCGUGAGUUUGUUUUAUUGCAUCUAAAUAAUACGACUGAUUAACCAGCCUCUCAGUCACAUGGCAACCUAGGUGUCAGUCAGAGAGUUGUUGGCCACAUUUCCCACCACCCAGAUCAUCUAUUUCUGAUGAGCCAACUUUUAUGCUGUUCGUGUUCUAGACCAGGAAAUUGGGCUGGAUUCAAACUGCAGAUGCAUUGGUAGUUGGUUUCGUCUUAUUUUCAAAGGCUUACAUUUGAUGCUUUAGAAAAACUGGGCAAAGUUGUCUUACCAGGGGCACUGGACUUGGGUGUUCAUCACGAUUUGCAACUUCCUAAUUAACGCCUUGGCCAUUAGGCAAUUUAUUAAUAUAUCAGCCGAUUUUAAUUAUCAAGACAUAAGAGAGACAACUUGUAGCAACAUACAGUUGAUACCAUUUGUUAGAGCCUUUCAUUAUUAUAAUAAUUUAUUUUAGUUGCUGACAUUUAGUUGGGACAGCAGAUGCAUGGGCUGUGUGUGCUCGGACUGGCCAAUGAGCUGUCCUACGUCUACAGUGUCCCAUGUUGCUUGUGCAAAAAGAAAGAAGAAAAAAAAAACAUACACACGCAGCAGUACGCGAGAUAUUGCUGCCUAAGUAUAUCCACAGACCACUUGCAUGGCCCUUCGAAGUGCUGGCGUUUUCUCGAUUUACACAGAACUGCAGAUGCAAGACCUGCCCUCAACAAGAGAUGUUUUUCUCACCUUGUUCAGGUAGUGUGACUUGAAUGUGUAUUGCUGAAAAAACCAAAGACCUUAGUGUGUACACUUUUCUUCUUAUUUAUACGCAGAACAGCCUGGUGCUGCUCCUUGGCCCCACUAAGUGCAGAGCAGUGCAUUCCCUCGGCUGUAGUAGUCACUGCACUUAACUAAUGUGUUACGUCUCUACAGCCAUAGUUGGCUGCCGACGAUUUAUUACACUCAAGGAAACACUGUUGAUACACAAUUACUACGUCACAUUCAAAAUAUGAAAAGGCUAGCCCCGCAGAAAACGUAAGGACAUGUGUCCGAGAGCGUGAUCCACAGUGAAUGUCUGUCUUUCUCUUCAUGUGGUUGGCAUCACCACUUUUUUGACUGCGAUUUACUCAGGCCAGGUAGAGAUGUAUCAAAUUCUUGAUAUCAGUGACUACUUCAGUCGAGAGCUUGUGCUGGUCCUGCAUCUCUGGGAGUUUGAAUUGUUUGUCAGAGGGAGAAACGUUCAUGAACAAAGUGGCUAGCAUUCCUCAAUGCAUAAUAUUAGCUUUUCUGGAUCUUGGAAGAAGGGCAUGAAACUUUUAGUUGAGAUUCACAACUGUACCGUGUAGCGUUGACCGUCUUGGGCUCAGCACUCUGCUUGGUGCAUGCCUAUUGCUCUGCGACAUUCUGAUGCAGAACAACACACCUGUUUUUCUGUUGUUAUCAGCACACUCGCGUGUUCUCUUGUUUAACUUUCUUAAAAGCGGCUUCGAAGGACCAUUCAGCAUUAUUGCAAACUUCAUAUCGUGACACUGCCAUCUUUUUCACGGCAGCUGCUCUGAAUCGUUUGCAAUUGGGCAUUUUUAAUGCUUAUUGUGCAUGUUGUAUGUAUAUGUUUGUGAAGGGUGCCCAGAUGGCCUUCUCCGUGCUCCCUCUAUAUGACAUGGAUGUUGUCGGUGGGUGAUUGUAUCGUUUUUAUUUCCCAUAGGGAUAUUGUUGUGGACUUUUAAGAGAUGUGAAAAAGCUGCACUGCUCCAGCUUUUUUUUUUUUUGCCUUGUCAUUUGGUUUUUUGGUGGUUCAUGUCAUUGACAGUGAAGUUCAUCUGUGGAGUUAUACUUAGCCAGCCCACGCAGCUCUUUGAAUGUCCUUGGAUGAAAUCUUUCUUUUAGAAUCAGUUGCCCUCUUGCAUUGUUCUGGAUGAUGUACAUUUUAUUUGUCGCUUCAAGGAUCUGUUCAAACACGUGACGUAUUGCAAAGCACUUUCAAGGUGUAGGUAUUAUCUUUUCACCUUUACUGAAAAAGCCCUAAGAGAAAUGUUUAUACGUUGGUUUGUUUUGUUGAAUUUAUUUAGCACUUUUUAAUCUCCAAGGCACUUUGAGCAUUGUGAUGUCCACCCUAAACCUUUUUUUUGUUUACGCUUUGAGGUCUGUUGCAGCUUACUUGUAGCAUACUUCUGUAAUCCAGGGUGAUAUGAUUUUUGCUGCGUAAUUCUGCAGCACCUAGAUGGCUUAUGGCUUUUGAUUUGUUUUUGGCUAGGUCAUCUGUAUUUUGCAAGUCAUUCUCAAAGCGCAGCCUCCGGUUCAUUGUGACAUACAGUAUUGACUGUGUCGCAUGUCAUGAUAGAUCUGGUUGCUGUUUUCGAAUGCCCAAAGACUUUUUUUCCAUGUCAUCAUAGAACUGGUUGCUGUUUUAGAUGCCCAAAGAUAUUGUUUCCAGUUUUUUUCUUUUUUUGUAUGUAAGUUUCAAAGUUUCAUUCCUGUUACAUUUUAUUCCUGUUCUGUUUUGCUUGUUCCUUUGCAUUUGUUGUAAUCUCUUUUUACACCUGCUCUUUUGACAUAUCUUGCUGGCACAUGAUGAUUGCUGUUACUGAUUACAUUAGAUGUUGCCAUAUUUUGUUGCCUGGCGAAGCAGGUAGGCACUAGUGUAUAAUUGUGCCAGAGGUCUUGAUUUAUUUUGUAAUCUGUACGCUGGUGCCAUCUAUCAGUUCUGCUUACAUUUGUUGAUUUCUUUUGUUUCUUACUGCAGAAGAAAACCAAAAGCGAAAAUGCAAUGGGUUUUCCCUGUGACAUGCCUGUUGCAGCUAAACUCAGCGACAUUAACUUUCAGUGUUUUUGAACCGAGUCUACCUAGGUCACUAUCGCCUCAGUUCUACAAGUAUUUUUUUUUUUUUUGUAAACCUGGUAAGUGUGCAAGGGUGGAAUCUGUGAGGAGGUCAUUACCUUGAACAUGAUUGGCCUUAUUUAAAUAUGCAGUUCAGAAUACCGGGCAAAUUCUGUUAACUAGUACCCUUAUAAAGGAAUAUGUAUGAUGUAGUCAGCAGUUCGACAUGUGUUCGUCUGGUCAGGUAGCAUUAUGAAGAAAUUGCGGUCACUGACCAAGUCAAGGUGAAAAUAAGUGACUGCAAUCGGUCAGUGACCGCAAUUUCUUCAUCAAUAUGUAUGAUGCCUAGAUAUUUGGUCACGGACCCAUUGGCUGCAAUCUGGAGGAAGGGAACGGGAGUUCUAGCUGUCAAAUAUGACAUUCAGUACAUCGUGGUGGUGCAAGAAGUCUCUUAGGUGAUUAUCAUCGCGCCUGCAGAACGGCCAGUUGUGCAAAAUUUUUGUUCAUGCCUUUAUUUGGCCUUUGCGCACACCGAUGCAGUGGCAUCGUUUGAUUCACAGCAGGUGACGAAGUCUGGCCAACAUGUGGAUAGACCUGUCAAAACUAACCUAAAUAAGAGGUAUAGAUUGGCUAAAUUAUACCUGCAAAUGGGUGGAAUGUUUACCAUCACCACUUUAAAAAAAGUUCAGCUACUAUAUGCUCCUCUGAAAAAUGGUCAGAAACUGAUUGUCAUCGUUGAUCAAAACUCUACUUUUCCCUGAGCAGUGAAUAGCUUUUAAGCUGCUCUUCUUUCUGCCAACCAUUCCGUGGCUCCUGGAAAUUACGCAGUGGAAAAGGCCCAUAGGAGUGAGAGCGUGUGUAAAGUAGAAAACCACUUUCCGCAACAGAAAGGUUCGAGUGAGGGCCGUCUGUAAAGAAACAUGCGAUAGCCCAAAAAAGAGCAACACGACGAAAAAAAGCCCAAAUAUAGAAAGCGGAAGUGGCCACCCUUGUUCACAGCCAAAGCCAAGUCAGUGUUUUCACUUACUUCAUUCUUUUUUUUUUUUUUUUCAAGUUUUUGCUUAGUGCACACACAUCCUUUUACACCUGAAUAUAGCUAAGUCACACAGCUUGUCAGCCUUGAAUACGUCUGCAUUAUUGUAUACUUUAGCCCAGGGCUCUUGUUUUGUGGGCUCUGAUCUCGAUGAAAUGAGUUUGUUGUCAACAUGCGAAUUCGAUGAGGACCAUUGUUUCGAUACGUAGGUUAUAGGGCUCAUUGUCUUCACAGCUGAGCGUCAGUGUUUUAUGUAUUCUUUAAUAAGCUGGGCACCAAAGUAGUUUUUGAAUAGUGAGCUAUUGUUUCUAGGGGUGGUGUGAAUAUUUACUUUUGAGACCGAAUGAAAUUUGAAUCGAAUAGGGCCAGAAGUGAAUCGAAUAUCGAAUAUUUUACGAAUAGCUUUUCAAUAAUGAACACCCAUUUUUAUUAUUAUAUUAUUAUGAAACAGCAGUUCACAUCAUAGUAUAUUUACUACAUUAGGAAGCUUCUGUCAUUAAAUUGCAAGUUAUGACCAAAUAAGCAGCUUGUUUGCACACUCGGGACUCUACGGUGAGUGCAAAUGAUAUCGGCUUAGCCGAAAAGUCAGACCCCUGAGCAACGUAUAGCAUCCUUUACUACUAACUUCUCGUGUUUUUAUGUCUACUACGGCUGCCGGGAUAUUUACCGCACUUUUUGAUCCAAGUUUGUUUGAUUGCCCUCAGUUGACAGUCUAAAAUAUUAAAAACUGCUAGAAAAAUAUUCAUAUUUACGAAUGUAAUGGUAAUUCGAAGACUGAAUUGACUUUGCCAAUAUUCGGUUCAUUAUUUGAAAGUUUCAAACAGUAAUAUUCACACAUCCCCAAUUGUUCCGCUUUAUUUUAUCAGUACACAUUCAGCAGGGUAUUGCGCUUCGUUUAUGCGAGGCCACAUUAUCAGGAGUGAAGGCACUUUUUUUGGGACUUUACAUCUCCUUUCUGUAGCAACUGUGUGGUGUUACACAUUUAUGUAUUUUGUAGUAGACUACUGGUAAGCGAAAGCUGUGGGUUGGCACACCAUAGGCUUAACGUGGACAAUUUCUUCAGUGAUGCACAUGGCUCCUUGAAGCUGUAAUGUUUUUUUAAGGCAUCCUUGAGAAGAUUUCAUUGUGCCGUAAUGUCAGCAUCCCAGCUUGUUGAGCAGUUCGCGCAAUAUUUUUGUUGACUCUAGCAGAAGUUGAUCUUGCAUAACAUUCGAUCAUGGGAAAAUUAUGUGGCAACAAAAUAAGCCCAAUGUUAUAAUAGUUCUAAAAUAGCUGUUACACAAGCUUUACUAGAAUUUUUCUCCAGUUUGUGGUAGGGAAUUGCUGUGCUGCUACUGUGAAGAAAGGGAUGGCACAUGAGAUGAUACAUAUGACUGUGCUUACACUAUUUCUGCGUGUCCUUCUUGUGCGCUGUUGCAUUCACACAGCAGUUCUCUAGAGUACUCAUGAACCAACUAACCCCUCAAACAGUGCUUCUGUAGCAUGUUCAUUUCUGCAGUUAUGCUCCUAUACAUACAUUGCGGCAAGAAAACACUCCUCGAGAAUUAUUCUAGCCUUUCGAACCAACUUACCUAGUUGGAUUUUGUGCCGUUAAAGAUCGGUCAUGCUGAGGUCAUGAACCUAAAAAAAUUCUGCGACUAAACUGGAGUGAUGUGGAGCUUGUUUAGUAGUGUGAGCUGUCGGCUACAGCUAGCAUAAAUACUGCUAAGCUGCUAGACAAGUUGAGCUUGGGCUGAUCUAUCAGCGUCUCACCUGCCAGUAGUCUACUUUUGUGUCCUGCAUUAUCAGUCCUACCAAAGAUCCUCGCCAAUGGCAGAAGGAUUUACCUGCCACAUCUGUAUGUAGUUACACUUGCGAAUGUGAUUCCAAUUGUGCGUCACCCACAUCUAUAGUACGGCAGCUGCGUCGCGUGUCCUGUGGGGAUGUCUGCCUUCUCCAAGGAAAAGGGGUUUCCGACCGGGCAUUGCAUCUAGGAAUGACUGUCAUGGGUUGUUGUGCUGUCAUUCCUCGUUUUGUACAUAGUGGUGAUGUGAUUGAGAUGUCCUCGUGCAAUUGUGUGAUGUUUUUUUGUAUGCAUGGCCGCUUGCUCGGUGCGCAUCGAUUGUAGCUGCAGUCGGUAUGUUAUUAGCGCAGAGUGCCAUAUGUUGAACGUGUAUGCAUAUUUUUGUUCUCUGGCACACCCUCUGCCGGGAAAAUUGUUCACGACUUUCUGCUCCAACGCUGAAUUCCACUGUGCCUUGUAGAAUGAGAGUUAGCUUUACGAGGUGGCGCUCUCACUGGGCUGUGGUAUGGAAAGCAAAAUUGUGCAAUCGUCCAAAAUGUACGCAUCUAAUUCCUGCUGCGUGCGGGAAACAAUGCCGGGCAUGCAUUCCUUCAGUCUGAGGCACAAGCCUUACGGCAACAACCUCCAAGUGAUCUUGUGUAUGUAUCCAAAGGGCAGACGAAUGCAGAAGUUGGAACAUGACUCGCCGAUGUGCAAUGAGUAGUUCUCAUAUUAAAAAAAGUGUCGCGUGAUACUUGUUCGCUUAGACAAAGUCUGGUGGAAUACAAAUGAAGUGUUCCGUAAGGCACUGGAGUAAUUUCGGAAUUGUUUGCACUUGAACUUAAGCUGAUAUUAUCCACCUUUCCUGUUGCUCAGGGGAGAUGCAAAUUAGGCACUGUGUCAAGAUUUUACGGCGUUUCUUCGUUCUUGAAAAGUUGUUGCCAAUUAAUUUUAUUUGACUUAUCAGUUCUAGGUAGGGAAGUCCACAUUUAAAAAAUAUUUGAGGCACAACUACCACUAUCUGCAUAGGUUGCUGCGAAAAAAACAACAACAAAAAAACAAUUGCAGGCCGUAGUGUAGCACGGUGUCAUACAUUGGACCACAUGUCGUGUUUGGGACACUGUUUUCUUCAGUUCAAGACUUUUCUAAGAAGGUGUAACAGAGUACAAAUGUCGGCUAGCUUUAGUACAUUCCAUUUUGAAUUCGAAACGAAAUGCACAGGAAGAAGUGCAAAUCAGUAUUCCUGUUUUGUUUGUGAAUAUCUUUCUAAAACCAAACUCGAAAUGUACCGUAAUCCAUAAAAUAUUUUUGUGAAUAUAUGCUGAAAAUCUGCCAGGAAAAUUUGGUAUGAAAUUAAAAAAAAAAAAGCUAUUGGACAUUUGCUGCUGAUGCAAUUAAAAUCUUCUAAAAUUUGGGGGACAAUGCAUUGAAAUAGCAACAUCGAUUGCAGUAUCUAGGAUUACAGACUUUUAGACUAGUAGUUGGUUUGAUACAGUUAUUGGGACCAUAGCGCUUAGGUGAUGUGAGCAAGGAUGUAGCGCUCAUCCAUGUCGUUAUUCCUUGUCUUCGUCGCCCAAGCGCUGUGGUCCCAAUAACUGUAUCCGUUGCAGGCCUGUCCUUUACCCCCUUCUCAUAUUUUUCUGUCCUUUGUGUUUUUAUGCCAAAUACAGUGCAAUUAGGGUACAGUACUGUGCAGUACUGUUCUAGUCGCUAGCGUACUAUUUUACCACGGUUUUGAGUCUUAUUUUCAGUCAUUUAAUUCUGCGAUAGCCUCUGCAGCCCAGUGAGAAGCGGAGGGGUGUGUUUCUACGUCACGUGAAACAUGUGCUGUUUACUUUAAUUGCCAGCUUUAAGUACCCGUGUCACCGCACCUUGUAUCCUUUCUUAAAUCUUUGUAAGCCAGUGGCAUGGAGUCACGUUAAGCAUCUUGUGAUUUACCUGCGGCUCUGAAUAUUGUCGAAUGUGUUUUUCUUCACUUUCGGAGUUACGCUGUUUUAGCCUCUGCCGGGUGUCACGAAAUUUUUAAACACUUGUUUGUUGAUAUUUACUAAGUAACCAGUGCAAUUUGCUCAAGCCAAAGUGUCUAACAAGGUCAUUUUAUUCAGUGUUCCCUUCAUUGAAUGUUCAGCACUUUAAAAAAAAAUCUUGCGUUAUUGCCGGUGGCAUUAGUAAGUUUUGUGCGGGGCACAUUCUCUGCUUCCUGGAGGACACAGUUACCAGACCUGUUUGUUUUUUCGUUCAAGUGCAGUGGUAUAUUUGAUUCCCUGUACAUUGAAUAAACAUUUUUUCUAAGCCUAA